AUGUCUAUUAAACAAUUAAGUGAAAGUCCAACUAAUCUAGAACCAAAUUAUCCACAUCAAUUGCUUUUACAAGCAUUUUAUUUAACUGUAACGUCAUCUGAAAAUGAUCCAUUGCAUAUUAAUAUUAAAUGUGGAAUUAAUGAUGAAAGUAGAAAUAAUAUUGCAAAUGUAAUGUACUUUAUUUAUCCUGAUGUUCCAAAAAUUGUAAAGAAAGAAGACCUUUUAACUAUUCCAUCUUUAAUUCAUUCAUUUGUUUCAACAGAUGAAAAUGGGAAACGAUAUUAUUAUUAUGUUCAACGAUGGAGUGAUGAUAAAACUCCAAAGAUAUUAAUUUUAGUGAGUGGAAGAUAUUCUUCUUUAUAUAUUCGUCUUCUUCCAGUAUUAAAAGAAGUAUUAGAUACAAAAGGUUUAACACAUCUCAUAGAUCUUUUUGACCAAUUAAAAGAAUGUGAAUAUCCUGAGUCUGAUUUAGUUAUUAAUGAAUCUACUAUAAUUUCUCAUAGCCCAGAAAUUCCUAUUUUUCCUAUAUUAAAAAAAUUUGGUCCUGCAGAUUUUGUUGAAUUACUUGGUCGUAUUUUACUUGAAGAAAAUACAAUGUUUUUGGUAGAAUCAAUUGAUCAAGGAAUGCCAAUUAUUCAAGCCUUUUUACAAAUUUUAAUUCCAUUUGAAUGGCAAGGUGUUUUAAUUCCUAUGUUACCUAUAGAAGAAAGUUAUGCUGGUUUUGCUGGUUGUCCAACACCAAUGCUUUUUGGAACAACCCAACAAGGAUUAAUAAAUAUUAAUAAGUUGUAUUCAAAUACUUUAGACAUUAAUAUUUAUAAUGUUUCAACUUCUAAAUUUCAAAAACGUAAGAGUGGGUUAAAUCUCUUUGCCUUUAAAGAAACUGGUAGAUUAUUAAAUCAACUAAAAAGUAUUAUUGAUAACCCAUCAUUUGAAAAUCCUGAUAGUCUAAUUUGUAAUUGUUUUAGUCAAUUAUUCCUUGAUCUCUUUGGUAGGUAUUUUGCUUUCUUUGAACAACAAAGUAUUGGUUUUGUGUUUAAUGAUAAAAAUUUCAUUAAAUCAAGUUCUAAUGAAUUACAAAUAUUUUUAACUGCAUUUAAUCAAUCUCAAAUGUUUGAACGUUUUAUUCAACAUAGAAUUAAUUAUAUUUCUGUAAUGCCUGAAUUUAGAAGGUCUAUCUUCGUUGAUUGUCCAUUAUUUAAGUCAAAGAUAAAACCUUCAUUCUUAAAAAUGAAAGAUAUUUCUAAUGAACCUCAAAAAUGUUGUGGUUGUGGUCAGAAGAUAGAUAUGGAUAGAGCAGUUUGUGUAUAUGGAAAAAAUUUAUUAUUUCAUACUGAGUGUUUGAGGUGUAAGUCUUGUGAUUGUUUUCUUUUUGAAAAAGAAAGUUUUGAUAGACAGUGUAUGGAUUGCUUAGAAGAAGACUGUGAUGAAUUAGAAAAUCAAUUUGAUAAUACUCGUCGUUGGGAACAAGUUGACAUCUCUAUUAAUAAACAUAAAUCAGAUACUGAAAUUCUCCAACGAAGUUCAUUCUCUAAGAUUCUUCAAUGUUUAUCUUUUUAUGAAACAGAAAAAAGUGAUUCGCAACGUCAAAAAGAUGAAUCUGAACAAAUGAGAAAAUCUUCGGUUUUCUUAAAUGGAACAACAGGUUCAAUCUUCUUAACUCGUUCAUCAAAAAUUGGAACAUUUUCUGCAACUUUAAAUCCAAACGAUUCGAGAAAAACAAUCAUUGUUAAAGAAGAAAAUCAACCCUUAACUCAAAUAACACAACCAAAAAUUUCAUUAUCCGUUUCAACAUAUUAUAGCGGUUCACCUAUUUCUUCUACUCCAACUUCGUUUAUAGAUGCAAAUGGAAAGAAAUAUCAAGUUCCACUCAAGAAAGCUCCUAUCCCUCCUAAAAAGGAAUAUUAA